CCACCUCGCUUUUAGCGGAGGGGAUCGAAAGAGAGAGAGAGAACGUCCGUUCCCACACGGGGUCGCCGCUGUAGCACGGAUGGGAGGCGAAGAAGAGCCGCCUUUUCGGCGGGGAGAGGAUGGGGGAGGACGAGGGGAGGUUCGUUCCGGUCCAGCCGCCGCAAAAUGGAGGCUCAGGGUCGGCGGCGGCGGAGCGGAAAGGAAGAGACGGGAAGGGAGCUUGGAAAACAAAAAAUGUCCUCAUCACUUCCUGUGACUGGUUACCCCCCACCCCCCGGGUUGGAACGAGUCGGAAAAUGUUUUUAUGGCGCCACCGCUCCCCUCCCCGCCCCACCGCCAUUUUCGCAGCCUUGGAUCGCAAAGGAGACCACGCGAGGUGUCAUGGGUGGCGGACAGUGCUGAGAGCUCCUAAGGCAUGACGACUGCUCUGCGGAUCCUGCCUGGCCUUUCGUGUUCUUGCCCCCGCCUGCCCUGGGCUAUCCACGCCCCCCGCCUGGCCAGCGGCAUGGCACUCCAGAAGGAGGGCCGGCAGCUGUUUGAAGAGGCGGUGCGCGUGGUGCUGCCGGGUCCCAUGCUGCACCGGGCCUUGAUCCUGGAGCCCGGCGGCCUGCGGGUACGGGACCGUAGCUUCCAGCUCCACCACAACCUCUAUCUGGUCGGCUUCGGCAAAGCCGUGCUGGGUAUGGCGGCCACAGUCGAGAGCCUCCUGGGCGAGCAUUUGGUGCAGGGCGUGAUCAGCGUGCCCCGGGGCAUCCGUUCGGCCAUGGAGUGUGCCGGCAUACAGGAGAUGCUGUUAAAGCCGCAUAGCCGCAUCCAGGUGUUCGAGGGAGCAGAGAACAACCUGCCAGACCGUGAUGCUCAGCGGGCUGCCCUGGCUAUCCGGGACUUGGCCGAGGGGCUCUCAGCCAAUGACCUGCUGCUCGUGCUCAUCUCAGGGGGGGGCUCAGCUCUGCUGCCUGCCCCCAUCCCACCCAUCACUUUGGAGGAGAAGCAGAUGCUUACCAAACUGCUGGCAGCUCGGGGUGCCACGAUCCAGGAGCUCAAUACCAUCCGCAAGGCCCUGUCCCAGCUCAAGGGUGGGGGGCUGGCCCGGGCCGCCUACCCCGCACAGGUGGUGAGCCUGAUCCUGUCAGAUGUGGUGGGAGAUCCCGUGGACAUCAUUGCCAGCGGCCCAACAGUGGCGAGUUCCCACAGCGUGCAGGACUGCCUGCACAUCCUCACCCAGCACGGUCUGCGGGCAGCCCUACCUCGCUCUGUUAAGACUGUGCUAUCCAGAGCGGACUCGGACCCCCGAGGCCCCCCGAACUGCGGCCACGCCUUCAAUGUAGUCAUUGGCUCCAAUACGCUGGCCCUGGCCGAGGCCCAGCGACGGGCCGAGGGGAUGGGGUACCGGGCUCUGGUCCUCAGCUCGGCCGUGCAGGGGGAGGUGGGCCGCCUGGCUCGCUUCUAUGGGCUACUGACCCGGGCAGCCUCGGCCCGACUUUCUCUCCUAGGGGAGGGUGGAUCGGCCCGGGGAGAGGCAGAGGAGCUGCUGAGGGGCCUAGAGGAGGAGCUGAAACUUCCGGACCUGCAGCUGGAGGAAGUCCUGAAGGCUGUGGGCGAGGCUAGUGGCCCCGUCUGCCUGUUGGCUGGCGGGGAGCCCACGGUUCGACUACAGGGCUCUGGCAAGGGGGGCCGCAACCAGGAGCUGGCCCUGCGGGUGGGCAUGGAGCUGAGCGGGGUGGAGCUAGGCCGCUGCGAGGUGCUUUUCCUUAGCGGAGGCACCGAUGGGCAGGAUGGGCCCACAGAGGCAGCAGGGGCCUGGGCCACCGCUGGACUUGUGGGCCAGGCUGCCGCAGAGGGGUUGGAUGCGGCCGCUUUCCUGGCCCGCAAUGACUCCCACACUUUCUUCCGCCGCUUCCAGGGUGGGUCCCACCUGCUCCUGACUGGCCUCACUGGGACCAACGUCAUGGAUGUCCACUUGCUGUUACUUUGCCCCCGCUGACUGAGCCCAGGUCACGGGAUGGUUCCUGGGCUUCUCUCAUUCGCAUCCCAGACCAGAGCUCCUCCCCGGGGCAAACUGGCAAAGAUCCAACCAUCCAACCGAAGCCCCUGGGUGGAUCUGGAGUGAGGAGAAGCCUCUGGACUCCCUUCCCUGGGCUGGGGAGGGGGACCGGGUCUCAACAGAAUGGGGCUUUGUCCCAGCUUCGGAGCUUUCUGCCCGAGGGCCAGCCAAAUGCAGUAGCCUUUACAGACUGCCCGUGGAAGUGGGGCUGGGG